GACUCGCCGGACGAGAUAAACCGCCCACCCCCAGCAUCUCGCAGCAAUGCGCUACCAACGCCGUAACACGUCUUUCCUGCUCCUGCUCCUGCUGCUGCUUACCAGCCCGUACCACGGGCCCACUACGACCUUCGCCCUGCCGUUCGAGAACCUUCCCGCGAGCGUCGGCAUCACCGAGGACACGCCGGCCCAGGUAACGAUCAACGGCAACCCGACGGGCAACGCGACGCUCGGCCUGUCCGAGAUCCCCGUCGCCGCGACCCUGUUCUCGGGCGUCCCGGGCCCUUCGGCCUGCCGCGGCAGCGUCGUGUUCCGCCUGGCGUUGGAAGAGCCGCCGGCGACCGCAGCAGCGGCGGCGGCGGCGGCGGAAGAAGAAGAAGAAAAGUGCUACGACCUGCCGCGGGCGGCCGGGUGCGGGACCUUCUCGGCCAGCAAGGAGGCCGGGUGAAGGCGAGGCUGUUCUCGGAGCACCGGUGUCGCAUGUGCAUCAACACGGCGGUGUUUGUUCCGGGGGAGAGGGCGGUCGGCGGAUUCUGGCGGAGCGUAGGGGUGCGGUGUGGAGUGCCCUCCCCCGGAUCCGACGAGCCUGGGACCACCCCUCCCA